ACUUCUUUUUGCGCUUGUUCGCGAGACUGGAUGCGUGUUUAUAGCGUGUGUUGGUGGUAUUGCGCGUCAGUCCGCCCGCCAUGUUGCCAGCCCUGCUGCCGCUGCUGCUGGCAGGUGCGACUGUGGCCGGGAGGUACGAGGCUACCUGGGACAGUAUCGACUCCAGACCCACGCCAGAGUGGUUCCACGACGCCAAGUUCGGCGUGUUCGUGCACUGGGGGGUCUACUCCGUGCCCGCCGUCGGCAACGAGUGGUUCUGGUCCUUCUGGAGACAAAACGAAGAGAAGUAUGUGAACUUCAUGAAGAACAACUAUCCUCCGAACUUCACGUACCAGGAGUUUGCCAAACAGUUCCGGACGGAGCUGUACGAGCCAAACAAAUGGGCCGACAUCUUCUCGUCAGCGGGAGCGAAGUACCUGGUCGUGACGACUAAGCACCACGACGGCUAUGCGCUCUACCCUUCAAACUACUCAUUCAGCUGGAACGCCAAAGACGUGGGCCCUGGCAAAGACCUGAUCGGGCCGCUCGCGAAAGCCAUCCGCAACAACACGGACAUAAGGUUCGGAAUCUACCACUCCAUGCUUGAGUGGUUCAACCCUCUGUACGAGAAGGACAAGGGCAACGCAUGGACCACACAGACAUUUGCCAAGCAGAAAGCUAUUCCGGAACUGAAAGAAAUCGUGGAGCUGUUCCGGCCCGAGGUGGUGUGGUCCGACGGCGAGUGGGAGUCGCCCCCCUCCUACUGGGGCAGCACCGAGUUCCUGGCCUGGCUGUUCAACGACAGCCCCGUCAAGGACUCGGUGGCCGUCAACGACCGCUGGGGCAGCGGCACCAAGUGCGCGCACGGCGGCUUCUACGACUGCAGCGACCACUACGUGCCAGGCGGUCUGCAGACGCACAAGUGGGAGUCGGCGACCACGCUGGACUCGGCCUCCUGGGGCUACCGGCGCGAGGCGGCGCUGGCCGACUACAGGACCGGGGCGGAGUGCAUCGAGCUGCUCGUCAAGGUCGUCAGCAUGAACGGAAAUUUGCUGCUGAAUGUCGGCCCUACCAAGGAGGGCAUGAUCCCGGUCAUAAUGGAGGAGAGACUGAGGCAGAUCGGCUCAUGGCUGAAGGUGAACGGCGAGGCCAUCUACUCUACCAGGCCGUGGUCCCACCAGAACGACGCCGUUUCCAGCAACGUGUGGUACACGCAGGACAAGAACAAGACGGCCGUGUACGCCAUAUUCGUGGGCUGGCCUCCGGGCGGUAAGGGUGUCCUGGGAGACGUGAGACUGGCCGAGAACGCGACUGUCACCAUGCUGGGCUACCAAGGACAGCUGAAGUGGAGCGCCGCCGACUCGAACGUGACGGUGCAGUUCCCGGACAUGAGCCAGGUGUACCAACCUGGCUGGGCGUGGGCGCUCAGGCUGACCGGUGUUGCCAACUGAACCACCCAACAAUGUCCCAAGUACGCGCGCGUUUUCUUGGAAGUUUUGGCAGCUCGCGCCGGGAGAAAUAUUUGUUGACGCAGCAAAUAGUUAUGCUAUCGAAUGUUAAAAAAAACACAAAAUAUUUAGUCUGAAUGCAGAUUACACUGCCUAAUCAAAAUAAACAUUUUCUGUACGUGUCUGCCGUGCCCGUUUUAAGUGAAACUUCACACUUCAGUAAUCUACAACAUAUAAAACUACAGUCUAAUUUUGAUAAAACUAAUAAAACCUUUGUUCCCCAGAAUAUGUUUGGUUUGACAAUAAAGUGUCUAAAAACCAAAA